UCAACUUUUGAUCUCUUACCUCAAAUCGCCGCCUUUCUUGUUUCCCGAGAAAUUAUUUUCUCUUCAGAGAACCAAACAGUAAGAUUUUCUCGCUCUCAAGAUUUUCCAGAGAAAAACGAAAUGGAUUCCGCGCCAGUUAAUUGGGAAGCCCUCGACGCUCUGAUCGUCGAGUUUGCUAAAUCAGAGAACCUGCUCGAGGACUCAUUCUCUUCUUCUCCACCUUCUUCUCCUUCGUCGUCUUCUUGUUCGUCUUAUUCUUCUUCUCCUUCGCUGUCCUCUUCGUCUUACCAUUCGAGGUUGACCAUAUGGAAGAUCAGACGCUCAUUAGAGGCCGGUGACAUUGACGCCGGCAUGGAUCUCCUCCGCUCCCACGCGCCUUCCAUUCUCGACGAUCAUCGACUUCUCUUCCGGUUACAGAAGCAGAAAUUUAUUGAGCAUUUGAGAAAAGGGACUAGCGAAGGUCGCGACUUGGCAAUUGCUUGCCUGAGGACAGCUCUCGCUCCUUGUGCGCUUGAUGCCUACCCGGAAGCAUAUGAGGAAUUCAAGCAUGUUCUUCUUGCCUUUAUAUAUGACAAAGAUGAUAAAACUUCUCCAGUGGCAAACGAGUGGUCAGAAAGGAGGAGGUAUGACAUUGCUGGAUUGAUGUCCUCUGUCUUAAGAGCUCAUCUACACGCAUAUGAUCCAGUCUUUUCGAUGACCUUGAGAUAUCUGAUAACCAUACACAAAGGAUAUUGCUUUCGCCAAGGAAUUGUAUCGCCCAUUUCAGAUCUUACUCAGAGGUUGCUUCUUGAUGAGCGUGACCCUCCUGCUACAGCACGGGAGAGUCUCUAUGAAGCACCUCCUUUCGACGAGGUGGAUGUACAAGCUCUUGCACAUGCUGUAGAGCUCACAAGACAGGGGGCAGUUGAUAGCUUGAGGUUUUCCAAGGGUGAUUUAUUUCUGGCAUUUCAGAAUGAAUUGUGUAGGAUGAGAUUGGAUGUUUCCAUGCUUGAUGAGCUUGUUUGUGAGUAUUGUGUUUAUAGGGGAAUCGUGGAUUCAGGCCUUGCAUCCACUUCUGGUUUCAUGAUGCUUUCAGCAUCAGAAAUGCAAGCAAUUUUGGAACCUAAAGUAAAUCAACUAGAGCCCGGGUGUAGUUCAUCAAGAAAUUGUUCUCUCGAAGUCGAUUCUGGUGCCAAUAAACAUUCUGAUGGUGAGACCUCCAUUAAUAAUACUCAUAUGGAUGGUUCUCCUGAAAAUAAUGCUGAUGUGUCUAGCAUGCAAGGAAUGGAUGUUGAGUUACGAUAUGCUUGUGAGCCAUCAAGCAACCAUGAAGACUGUAGCACCAGUGGAUUGCAUCAGUCUGAAAAUCCAAUAGCUCUGCAGAGAUAUAGACCCCAUGGAACUGGAGAGAGGAGCAAACGCAAGAGAUGGAGGGGAAGACAUGAUGAUAAAUGUGGCAUGUCUUUUGAUGAAUGCAGUGGGCUAGAGCUUAGCACGACUACCCUGGUUUCCAGUUCUUAUACUUUAAAGGAACAACAGGGCUCAGGAAAACACUUCAUUUUAGAUGUUAACAGUAGGGAGGAUAAAUAUGAGAUUGUGCUGGGGUUGAAGGAACUAGCUAGGAAGGGAAUGGCUGCUGAGGUUGUGGAAGAGGUUAAUGCAAUGGAUCCGAACUUUUUUAUGCAAAAUCCUAUGUUAUUGUUCAAACUAAAGCAGGUUGAAUUCCUUAAGCUGGUCAGCUCUGGUGACUAUUCUAGUGCUCUGAGGGUUGCAUGCGCCCAUUUAGGCCCUUUAGCUGCUAGCGAUUGUACCUUACUGAAGCCCCUAAAGGAGACUUUGUUGGCAUUGCUCCGACCUAAUGAAGAUGCACUUGGGAAAGGCUUGCCUUUACAUGCCCUUUCAACUUCUCUCCAGGUUGCAAUUGGUAACAGGCUUGGUAUCGAAGAACCCCAGCUUAUGAAAAUUAUGAAGGCAACUCUUAACUCCCAUAAUGAGUGGUUUAAACUUCAAAUGUGUAAAGAUCGGUUUGAAAGUCACUUGAGGAUUGAUUCCUUGAAAGAAGUGAACACACCCUUGCACCCAUCUGUUGCUUUAUCAAAUUUAAAUGCUGAUACUUGCACCCUUGGUUCUUCUCAAGUUACAAUAUCUUCAAGCGCUAAGAAUUCAGAAGAUGGUAGCAGUCCUACUCAAGUAUCAUCUAGGGAUGUCAUCUGCGAUGAAAAUUCCAUUCUUAAAGUAAUGGAGUUUCUUGCUUUGCCAAGGGUAGACGCCAUCCAUCUUCUUGCACAGUACAAUGGAAACGCAGAGAUGGUCAUUCAGCAAAUAUUCGCUUAGUUAGGAGUAUGUAUUAAAACUGUACUAUAGCUGAAUGUAUUUGUUUAUUAAUUUAUGGAUAUUAUUUGAUUCAAUUUGUGCCCAUAUAUUUCCAUUUCAAGAUAGUAGUUAGUUACAAGCCUCGCAUUCUGUAACUUUUCAAUGCAUCUUGUUAUAACAUAAGUUGUGAUUAAUAAAAACAAAUUUAUGUAUGGAUUAAAUGGAGAGGCUGA